AUGCGCGCCACGCACGUGCUCACACGCGCGUCUUCGUCCAUCGCGUGCUCGCGCGCUCGCUCGAUUCGCACCGAAAGAGGCCAGCGAGGAAUCAAUUCCAUGCGGUCCGCGGGGCGCGGGACCGCGCGCGUCGACGUCUCGACGAAAAGUCUGGCGAGCGAGAUCGAUAUCCAGGGCGUCCAUCACGUGGCGAUCAUCAUCGAAAAUCUGGAAAAGAGCAUGGAGUUUUACGGCGAUUUUUUGGGCCUGCCCAUCAACACGACGCGACCGGCGGAUAAGUUGCCGUACCGAGGCGCGUGGUUGAUGAUCGGACCGGAGAUGAUUCAUUUGAUGGAGCUCCCGAAUCCCGAUUGCAUCCAUCCCGAGUUCAGACCGACGCACGGGGGACGGGAUCGACACUUUUGUAUCGGCGUGAAGAACAUCAAACCCUUGAUCGAGGCGCUGGAGAAGCGCGGCACGGCGUACACGGCGAGCAAGAGCGGACGACCGGCGAUAUUCUUUCGCGAUCCGGAUUGUAACACGCUCGAGGUCGUGGAGGGCCUGGAGUGGCGCUAG